AUUCUGAUUUAGAGGAUGCAUUCUCCAAUAUUAAAUUUGUUUAGUUUAAGUGUUUUAUGUGAGGCGGCAAACAUUCUUUACAUCAAUGGAGUUUGGUCUCCUAGCCACUUCAUUUGGAAUCGAUCGCUAAUGUACGGGCUCGCAGCCAGAGGUCAUAACGUGACUGCAAUGAGUGUGGAUGUGGAAGCUGCUCCGCCACCAAAUGUCACAUUUAUUCACAUUGAAGGGGUAUAUGAAGAGAUUCACAAAGAUAGAGGCGACAGUGAAGCGUUCGAGUUUUUCACUGUGGGUGAUAAAAAUGCUUUUGAGAUGCUUAAAUUUUUCAACGAUGGUUCCUUGAAAGGUUGUACUCUGGCUAUGAAAUCUCGGGGACUUCGCCAGCUGUUGGCCUAUCCGAGUGACUUUCAGUUUGAUUUGAUUAUCAACGAUUAUGUUGUGGGUCCAUGUCUCUCUGCUAUAGCUCAACAUAAAUUCGGAAGGCCACCGUACAUUCCGGUCACGGCCUUCAAUGGCAUAACGGCAACCGUAUCACAAGCCGGUUCCUACUCGUACCCAGCCAUAAUUCCCAACCAUGAGUACGAUACCCCAGAAAAGAUGAACUACGCGCAACGGUUUAUGAACUUUCUGUACAGCCACUGGGAAGAGCUGUUGAAUCAGUACAAUAUGGUACCGGAAAUGGACAAACUCGUGCGUCAACUAAUUCCGGAUAUUCCAUACCUCGAUGAUUUCGACAAAGAUACAAGGCUGGUGCUGCUGAAUUCUCACCCUGCAAUCCAGUAUUCGGAACCCACUAUGCCGAGUGUGAUUUCAGUCGGUGGAUUGCAAAUUCAACAGCCCAAAGAGCUGCCCGACGAUCUCAAACAGGUGGUUGAGAAGGCUAAAAAUGGUGUCAUUUUGUUUUCGUUAGGUACUAACGUAAGAAGUGAUUCUCUUGGAGACGAACGGAUCAUCGCGAUCGUCAAUGCCAUGGCCAAAUUCCCCCAAUAUCAGUUUCUGUGGAAAUUUGAAACCGAUGUUCUUCCAGUGGAGGUUCCUAAGAAUGUCUACAUUCGAAGUUGGAUGCCACAGAACGACAUCUUGGCUCAUCCCAAUGUGAAAUUGUUCAUAACUCACAGUGGAUUGCUGAGCACUCAGGAAGCAGUUUGGUAUGGAGUUCCGAUGAUUGGAUUUCCGGUGUUUGCCGAUCAAUAUCGCAAUACAAAUUACAUAACCGAACGCGGUGCCGGUAGGAGGUUAUCACUGAAAAACAUCAAAUCGGACGACCUCGCUGAUGCCAUUCGGGACGUUAUGACAGAUCAAAGUUACCGAAAAAACAUGGCCGAAAUUAGUAAAGUAUUCAGGGACCAGCCGGAGCAUCCCCUAGAUCGUGCCAUCUGGUGGACCGAGUGGGUCCUGCGAAAUCCCGAUAGUCGAAUCCUCCAAUCCAAUGCGCUUUAUAUCAGCUGGAUGACGAAGUACAGCUUCGACGUUAUUGUUCCAUUAGUUGUAAUAGGGUUGUUGGCGCUAAAAGUUGUAGUUCUAGGGUUGAAAUUUAUACUGUGCAAAAAACAAACGGCACGUAAAACGAAAAAUGAAUGAACUCAAUAGUGGUAUGACAGAAACACCAAAAAUCCGAAUUAUUUUCACGAAUCAUAUCAAAAAAUUCCAAAUAAUAUCAAAAAAUAAAUAACAAA